UGUUUUUCGUUUGUUUUAGUCUGGUGCACAUUCAAUCAUUUUUAUAACGGUUAGUUCUUGGUGAGUGGAAUACCAGGAACCAAAUUGAAAUUAUUUGCCAUGGUACCCAGACGCCUUGUAAUGACAAACUAGUUACAAAACAAGGGGCUCGGCCAGUUUCCGCCUUUUCACGUGGCAUGGCAUAUACAAUGAGAAAAUGAUAUGAGAAAUUUCCCAAUAGCGCGCCGUAAUAUUUUGUGAUUUUCUGUAACACCGGUUUGUCUUCAAUAUUUCACUCUUUUUUUUGCUGAAUAAAUGGGGUUUUGAAAAAAGCAAGAUGUUGGCGGAAUACAACUUCCCUCUACAAACCUCAACAAGCAGUUGGAGUGACGAACCUCUGUUGCUAGGCAACGAUGAGGACCUCUUUCAGCUAGAUGUGGAAAUGGCCCAUUUGGGCUCCGAUGACGACAGAUUGGAGAGUCUUGCUUGGACGUCAACCUUCGACCCGCUCGAUGAUUAUGUGGACCGUUCUAUUUCACCGCAUGGGGAGAGGUGCUUCCAGCAGGAUUCCAACAGGAAUCGAUUGGAGGGUGUCUUUGGUAGCCCAGACAGUGACUACCUAACCGGUGUUUAUCUGAGUGCAUUGCAGGACAAUGAAACAACGGAAGAUGAAGCCCAAUUUGCAGCAGAGUUACUUCAGUCGGAUUUGGACGUCGCUUACAGCGUUGAUUUAUCAGACUCGGAUGACAGCUUUGGAAGCAGUAGUCAGAGUACAGUCAACUCCUGUCCAGGAAGCCCUACAGCCAAGAGGAAAAAAAUGCACAACUUACAGUGGAGUGAGAUGGACAUGGAGGAACAACAGAGGGCGGUAGAGGAGAUAAAGAAGGCCAUCACUGAUCAGUCCAGUAUUAGGGAGCAGCUGGAGUUACUGCGGAUAAUUGGUCAAGAUAUGACAGUACUACCGUCAGAUGGCAGGUUUACCAUCAAUGCUGCAUAUAUCAACAAUAGUAAGCUUAAGUCUAUACGUGAAUAUUUGGCCCAAAUGGCCCUCCAUACAGCUGCAGCAAGUGAAGAGACAACGUGCACAGAAAAGCAUCACAGUACCUCAUCGAAUCAAUCCAGACACAAAAAGUCUCUGGAGCGAAGGUCCCGUCACAAAGCCCACAGGAAGAGACGUACUAAAGAGAAGAAGCAAACUCUGAAAGAAGAACAGAGUCGACUAUUUGCUCUCGAAGAGGUGCUCUCUCUGCAGGUUCAGGAUGACGACAACGAUGAAGAAAUAAACGUACUUGAUUGACCUCGGCUACUCUAGGUAGCUCUCUAGGUAGUUGUACACAGUCUAAUGUUUCUGCAGAAAGAACAGAUCUUGGCCCAAUUUCAUUGAGCUGUUAAUUAAAGGCACUACAGCAGAUUUCACAAAACGCUAGGAUUAAUCCUAUCUUGAGUUAGGACGAGUAACUAGUCCUAACUUAGGAUGAAUCUUAACGUUUACAUGUGACUCCUCCUAAGAUUAAUCCUAAGUUAGGAAGGAUUUGGUGAAAUCGACAGCUGGAUACGUUUGGUUAUUGUCAAAG